AUGGACAUUGUACUUAUUAACUGCAAGAUAAAUAUUGAAGAAAUUUGGAAUAACGCAAUGAAUCGUUUAAAAAUUAAUAAUAUUGAAGUGCAAUCUAUGGAAGCAAGAAUAAUUGGCCUUACUGAAUCUAUAGACUGGAAACUUAUACUUAAAACUCCUGAUCGUUAUAAUUUAAUUAAAAAAACUAGACCAAAUUUUUUAAAGGAACAAUUAAUUGAAGAUUUGAUGAAAUGGAAAGUGAAGCUUGAUCAAGUCAAAAAUGAUACAGAUGCUAUUUUGGCCAGUAAAAUUACUAAUUUUUUGUUGGAAAAAGGAUGUACAGCAGUUACUACAAGAAAAAGAAGAUAUAUAAGCCCAGAAUAUACUAAAUUAACCAAUGAUGAUAAAGAGAUUGAUUUAAUUAUUGAAGUAAGAAGUUAUGGUAUUGAAAUUCUACCAUUAGAAGUUGGUAUAAAUAAAAAUUUGACAGAUACAAAUAGUGACUACAACCAGCUAAAAAUUGUUCUAAAGGACUGUAUGGAUGCAUUUAUUGAUAAAAUGAACAUUUCUAAAAGAUCUCUUACCAAGUUAAUGACAUUAGGGAUUCAAAUAUCAGAUAGAUCAGAUAAACCAGAUACAGCAAUAAAACUAUCAGACAAUAUGCAAAUAGAAGAAAUUUUUUUAAAUCAAGAAGAGACUAAAGAGGUUAAAGGGGGGAAAAAUGGUAAGAAGGAAGAUUUGGGUUAA